GUGGAGGAGGAGGAGGCGGAGGAGGAGGAGGAGGAGGAAGAGGAGACGGCCUUGGCCAGACCUCCGAGGCGCCGCCGGGAAGGGAGGCCAUGCAGGCGCGCUACUCGGUCUCCAGCCCCAACUCGCUGGGUGUCGUGCCUUACCUCGGGGGCGAGCAGAGCUACUACCGAGCGGCGGCUGCAGCAGCGGCGAGUUACGCAGCCAUGCCGGCCCCGAUGAGUAUGUACUCCCCGCACCCUGCGGAGCAAUACUCCAGCGGUGGAGGAGGAGGAGGCGGGGGAGCCAGUUUGGGCCGCCCGUACGGCCCUCCGUACCCGCCUCAACCGCAGCCCAAGGACUUAGUCAAGCCGCCUUACUCCUACAUCGCGCUCAUCACCAUGGCCAUCCAGAACGCGCCGGACAAGAAGAUCACCCUCAACGGCAUCUACCAGUUCAUCAUGGAGCGCUUCCCUUUCUACCGGGACAACAAGCAGGGCUGGCAGAACUCCAUCCGGCACAACCUGUCGCUCAACGAGUGCUUCGUGAAGGUGCCCCGCGACGACAAGAAGCCCGGCAAAGGCAGCUACUGGACCCUCGACCCGGAUUCCUACAACAUGUUCGAGAACGGCUCUUUCCUCCGGCGGAGGAGGCGCUUCAAGAAGAAGGACGCUGUCAAGGACAAGGAGGAGAAAGACAAGCACAAGGAGCAGUCUUCCCGGGCGCAGGAGGCGUCUUCGCAGCCUCCUCCACCCCCACCACCUCCUCCUGUGCGGCUGCAGGACAUCAAGACCGAGAAUGGGGGCUCUGCUGCUACAUCCUCGCCUCCACAAGCGUUAUCCCCACUCGGGGGCCAGCCCGUGCCUAAGAUUGAGAGCCCGGAAAGCUCUAGUACGAGUAGUAGCCUCUCUAAUGGAGGUGGGGAAAGAAGCAGCCCUCGAGGAGGAGGAGGAGGAGGAGGAGGGAGCAGAGGAAUGGCUUUGGCCCCCGCACCACCACCACCACCACCAUCCUCACCAGCAUCAACACCACCUCAUCACCAAGGAGGCUUCAGCGUGGACAACAUCAUCAUGACUUCCUUGCGCGCCUCCCCGCAGCAAGAGCUCCUCGCUGCCCCCGUUUCUUCCGCCUCUUCUUCCUCCUCUUCUUCCUCUUCUAAUGCGGUUUCCAGGACUGGGGUUUUGCCUCCUCCGCCUUCGCUGGCCUUGAGUAGCUGCUACUCCCCGGCUGCGGCGCAGAACUCUCUCUACAGCGCCCCCUGCAGCCAGGGCGCCGGGACUACAGUCAGCCCCAAUAGUAGCAGCAGCUACCAUUGCAAUUUGCAAGCCAUGAGCCUCUACGCUGCCGCCGCUGCCGCCGCCGCAGCCUCCUCUUCUGCCAAUGGGAGCAGCCCCGCGGAGCAGGACCCGCUCCCGGAGUAUAGUUUAGCCGCGAGUAGCAGUAGUAGCGCCUCUUCUCUCAGCCUCAGUCCGCAGGAAAGUGGCAACGGUGGUGGAGGAGGAGGAGGAGGAGGGCGCUUGGCGUCGUGGUACCUCAACCCAGGCGCGUCGGGAGGCGAGUUGACCCACUUGGCGCCCGUCUCCUCGGCCUCGCCGUCCUCCUCCUCGCCCACGGGAUACCCGCCGCCGCCGCCGCCCCACGCGCAGAACUUCCACGCCGUGCGGGAAAUGUUCGAGGCCUCGCAGCGGCUGGGGCUCAACCACUCCCCCGUCAACAACAACGCCAGCGCCAACAACGGAGGAGGAGGAGGCAGCUGCCAAAUGGCUUUCCCCGGCAGCCAGCCCUUGUAUCGCCCCUCCGGCGCCUUCGUCUACGACUGCAGCAAGUUCUGACCCGAGGAGAAACAAGGGCGGGCGGGCGGGGGUUUGG